CGGCACUGCCCUAAACGCAUCUUGGGUAGCAACUUGUCCAUCGUAAAGCGUGUUCACACCAUGAACGCGGAUAUAGGGUUACGGAUGAUGAGAGGUCUUAGCAUACCGCUUCGGACGGUUGCGACCGCCCACGCGCGACGCGAAAUGGCCACUGCGGUACCUGGAGGACAACCGACGAUAAAGAAGUCCUUCCUGAGGCGGUAUGGCGGGAAAGUCAUCUUGAGUGUGGUUGCAGUUGGAGCGGGUUUGUUUACUUAUGAGGUCUACAAUGCCCGUCACCCGCCAAAGCAAUUCACGUGGGACCACUCCAAAAAGACCAUUGCCAUUUUAGGUUCCGGGUGGGCAGCAACCUCGCUCAUUAAGGACUUGGAUACCGAAAACUACAAUGUGGUUGUGGUCAGUCCUAGAAACUAUUUCCUGUUCACACCUCUUCUGCCUAGCUGUACAGUGGGAACAGUGGAACUACGUAGUAUCAUGAUGCCCAUGCGUUAUAUCACCCGAUUCAAACCCCGUCAAAUUGCGUUUGUGGAAGGUGGUUGCAAUCAAAUUGAUGUAGAGAACAAGGUGUUGACAGUGGAAGACAAUUCCGAAAUCGUCGGGGAAGUUUCAAGUCAAAAGAUUCCGUACGACUAUUUAGUUGUCGCAUGCGGCGCAGAGAACGCGACUUUUGGUAUUCCAGGGGUGCGCGAAUACUCGUGUUUCUUGAAGGAAGCCUGGGAUGCGAAGAAAAUCCGUACAAGAUUGAUGGAUUGCCUGGAAACGGCUGCGUUUCCAGGACAAGUGGAAAGUGAGGUCGAUCGGCUCUUGCAUAUGGUGGUUGUUGGCGGCGGACCGACAGGCGUUGAGUAUGCAGCGGAACUUUACGACUUUUUGAAGGAAGACUUGGCGGACUGGUACCCAGAGCUGGCACCAAAGAUCAAAAUUACCCUCGUCGAAGCUCUUCCACACGUUUUGCCAUCUUUCUCGAAAGAACUCAUUACGUACACAGAAAAACACUUUGCUGAGGCCAAAGUGAAAAUUCUGAGCAAUACUAUGGUGAAGGAGGUCAAGCAGAAGGAGUUGAUUGUUCAAAAUCCUCAGAAGCAGAUUGAGAAAAUUCCAUAUGGUCUCUUGGUUUGGGCCACGGGUAAUACUGCAAGACAGGUCGUGGCAGACUUAAUCAAAAAGCUUCCCUCUAACUUGCAAAACCAACGUCGCGGUCUCGUAGUGGACGACUAUCUCAAAGUAAAGGGAAGUGACAAUAUUUAUGCUUUGGGUGACGCAUCAGCUACAAAAUGGCCACCUACUGCACAGGUAGCCAGUAGACAAGGACACUACCUGGCUGCCACUUUCAACCAGCUCGCGCGGAUAGACGCAGAUCGUGAUAAGUUAUUGGCCGCGGGAGAAGAUCCUAGUGCUAUCGCUGGGCAAGUCGUGAAGCCGUUCAAUUACAAAGAUUUGGGAGCUUUGGCGUAUAUUGGAUCAGAUAAGGCCAUCGCCGAUCUCCCUGGAAAUGUGCACGUUGGCGGAGCAUUGACGUUCUGGUUCUGGCGAAGUGCUUAUCUUAGCAACUUGUUCUCUCUUCGCAAUCGAGUGCUGGUCGCUUUUGACUGGGCUAAAAAGUCCUUGUUCGGGCGGGAUAUUUCACGAGAAUGAACUGUGGUUUCUUGUAUAUUUGAUGUUUUGCAUUUCACCUACGACCUCGACAUUGUCUGAAUAGACGGACUUCCUCAUACUCUCACAGGCUGUGUAUUUCCCAGUCAGACGGGUAGGAUUAGGUAUUGGCUUGAGAAGAAUGAGUCGAUUAAGUGUGACUCCAUGCAUUCUCUCGGCCUUUUUGCCCGUCAACUGCUGUGCAGCCAUGGUGACUCAACUCUGCUGUCAUUCGGAAUGGGCUGAUUGAUUCCUUUAUGAUUUAGAGAUACGAGAUUUUAGGGUUUAGGGAGAUUUAUAUAUUGAAUUACCGUUCAGCCCCAAUCCAUGCUAGUGACGGCCGGAACAAAAUGACAUUC